AAUGAAAUGAAAAGAGGAAAUCACACCACUUGGACAUUCUUUUUUCUUGAGGGCUUUUCUAGCUAUCCAAAGCUUGAGAUUAUUCUCUUUGCAUUCAGUCUCGUGAUGUACCUGAUAACACUCCUGGGCAACACUAUUAUCAUCUCAAUCAGUAUUCUAGAUUUCCACCUUCAUACCCCGAUGUACUUCUUCCUCAGUAACCUCUCCUUCAUGGACAUCUGCUACACUUCCUCCUCUAUUCCUACCUUGCUGGUGAGCUUACUGGCUGCACACAAAAAAAUAUUCUCCAAUGAAUGUGCUGUGCAGAUGUAUUUCUCUCUGGCCAUGGGGUCAACAGAAUGUGUUCUUCUGGCUGUCAUGGCAUAUGAUAGGUACGUGGCCAUAUGUAAUCCCUUGAGAUACCCCAUCAUCAUGAACAUGAGGGUUUGUGUCCUGAUGGCAACUGGGUCGUGGAUAAUAGGUUGCUUUACUGCCUUACUGGAAACCACUUCGGCACUGCAGUUACCUCUCUGUGGGAAUAUCAUUGACCACUUCACGUGUGAAAUCCUUGCUGUGCUCAAGUUGGCCUGUGUCAGCUCCUUGCUCAUGGACAUGAUUAUGCUUGUGACCAGUGCACUUCUCCUUCCAAUUCCAAUGUUCUUAAUUACUGUGUCUUACAUCUUCAUCCUCACUAGCAUCCUAAAAAUAAAUUCAGCUGAGGGGAGAAACAAAGCUUUUUCCACCUGCGGAGCCCAUUUGACAGUGGUGAUCUUGUAUUAUGGAGCUGCACUUUCCAUGUACCUGAAGCCCUCAUCAGCAAACUCACAAGAAACAGACAAAAUCAUCUCCUUGCUUUAUGGUGUUUUGACCCCUAUGCUGAAUCCCAUCAUUUACAGUCUGAGGAAUAAGGAAGUCAAAGAUGCUGUGAAAAGGACACUCCUGGGCAAAAUGAUCUGCCUACAGAGAGGGUGA